UGACGUAGCAAUAGCCAAAGCACAAGAGGGCAUUGCAUGCAUGCAUUGGCCCUCCUUGCUUCCGUCUGCAGCAUCGAAAAGGACAAGAGGCUAAAGAAAAACGCGGCUGCCACAGUUUGAAGAAUCGCUGUGAACAAAAGCAUCCGCGAUCCUUGCCAGUAAAAGAAAAAUGUUUUUGAGGAAUUCCGUGUGGACAGCCGUCUUGCUUGGAACCGCAUGUGGUUUACAACAGCCACCACCCUUGGAUUCUUCUUCUAGCACUACAUCUCGGCGCAAUUUACUGAAUACACUGGUUAGUGGCGCCGUGGCCUUGCCAUUGACAUCCUUGAACGCGCCUUCUGCCAAAGCAUCAGUGGAAUCCACCACCAACACUGGACGAGCGCAAUUGCUGGAUGCCAUUUCCAGAAAAGCCAGUGACGAGGAGAUGUUUAGCAUCAUUGAAGGCUUGCAAGAUCCUUCGGGAGGAAAAGGAGCCGCACUGUCGAACUGGUUGGAAGGUGAAUGGGAGCUGAUUUGGUCCUACAAGGCAGAAGCCUUUUCUCCCUUGCUCAAGCUACCCAAACCACUCCGACCAGAGUCUUUUCAGUACUUUGGCUCGACUGCCGCCAGUGAAGUGGGGGACGGUAGGAUUGCACAAGGCCUGACGGGUGGAGUAUUAGGUCAAUCGCAGCUUUGGCUGUCGUCUGGAUCCACCCCCCUGUCGGAGGAUCCCUCCAUUUUGGAAAUCCAACCUCCCUUUCGAUUUGAAUUGGGUGGACGCAUUGGUACUGGCAAACCCAAGAAAACGCUGGUAGAUGCCGGAAGCGAUGCGGAUUUUCGAGAUAUCAAUGCCAGAGACAAGCAGGCCCAGGCAGCUCCCAAGAAUCAGUACAAGCAAAUCUUUUUGGAAGACAAGGGCCCCGGAUCCUUGCGAGUCUCCAGCGUCAUUUCGGGCGAUCCUGUCAUUGUGGGGAUUGUCUUUGUGCACAGAAAGGUUUGAUCCACCAUUAUAGCCAAAAAUACAAGCCAAUUAAUCCACCACAACGAACAACGGAUGAAAACAAGCAACAACCAAUGCACAUAUUGUGCGUACAAGGGAAGGACUUCAGAACGGUACACAAUUGAAAAUAUACACGAAUCCGGGCCCGACCAACAAGCUAACAUUAUUACAACAGUAUAUUACAUUG